GGUAAUAUUCCUCAUUUGUUUGUGUCACAAAGAGGAUUUAUUUGCAGGGAGAGUGCAACUCCAGAGAAAAUGAACAGUCAAUACAUACGUCAUGAAGUGAGGGGAUGUGAAACCAGUGACCUGAGAAACUUCUGGGAAAAGACUAUUGAACAACAAACUCGGUAUCUGCAAAUUGAAAAAGAACGUCAGCAAAGAAGCGCUCUGACAAAGCUCAGAAAUGAAUGGAUGGAGAGGUUGGAAAAACGGAUAAAGAUGUUGAGGACCCAACCUGAAGACCCAUCUAGCUGAAGAUCUACAUUCAUUGCAUGUAUGGGGAAAAAAGAAAAUAGUUUUGUAGGAGAGCAUGAUGGUGUGAUUCAAAAGCUCAAGUCAAUUUUACUUUGUGGCUUACAUGAGCUAUAAAUAAUUAGCUGUCUAUUAGAAGCUUCAUGUGUAUAAUGUGUAUUGCUGCUUUUAAUAUUAUGUAUCCAUCCCAUUAUUUGAUAAACAGAGAUUGAAGCACUCUGAAGUCUUCAAGACUAACGAAUCAUGGUUCACUGAGCUGUGGAUGCUUGGGAAAAAUACAGUUCAGCUACAUAGCGUUCAGCAAAAGCAUUUCCUGGACAUUUUGGUUUUCUCUCUAAACUGAUGGUAAUUUAAUGAAAUGGUUUUCUUUUUAAUGACUUGUUGAGUGUUUCUGGUUUUGUUUUUGUGUUUUAAAUACAGCAGAGCCCUUCUCAGACUAAGGAAGUGGGGACAUAUGUAAAAAUGCUAUCACAUACAAGAUCACAAGUAGUGUUCAAUUUGUUAGGUGUAACAGAUUCUUGCUUCUGUAUUAAAUACCUGUAAGGCCAUUAAUAAAUAUUCUGAGAAAUAGACUCUGUGAUAUAUC